GGUGGUAGUAUAGUCAAGCUAUUUGUAAAGCUACUUUUAUCACGAAGUUGCAUAGCAACCCAGUAUCAACCAUUAACCUAAUAUUUACUCACAAAUCACAAUCAAUUUCUCAUGAAUUACGACCCCCAAUUUCUUAAUCGAUGCUAUCUUCAUGUUCUCAAUCUUCCCAAUUUUGAAAAUAAUUUUACUACUCAGACUAUCUGUUAAUGGUAAUUUUACUUCAUGGUUACUUCUUUGAAUGAUUCAGAUCAAUUUUGAAGGGUUUUUUUUUCCAAGAAUUUUAUAGAUCAGUUACUCCAAUCAAUAAGGUUUGAUUGACACUUACUUUUUUACUGCCAUUUCCGGCUAAAUAUGGUUUUAUUUGAUCAUGGAUUUGUUUUCAUUUUGAUUUAAGGUUAUAAUACUAUCUUUGUUAAUUAGGGUUAGGGUUCAUGCACCAAGAAUCAAAGUACUUCAUCUGGUUGAUGUGUUUUUUAGGGGUGUUUUAUGAAAUUAGUGGUUGAUUGUAUCUAAAAUACUCCAAUCUGGUGUUUACUAGGGUUUUUGUACAAAAAAAAUAGUUUUGGUUGUCGGUAAUUCGAGUAUUAAAUAUGUCUAGAAGAUCUGAAGAUUUAAGGAUGAAGACUUCAAUUGUCUCUACAAGAGAUCGGCGUGAUGAUAUGGAUGAGGAACCCUAUUUUGUAUCACGUCGUGGAAGUAGUGUUCGAGAAGAGCUACCUUUGCGUUCUAGGCGAAGUUUAAGUCCUCAAGAAGGUGUCGAAAGGAGUCGGAGACCUAUGGUUAGAGAACGAAGAAGUAAUUCACUUGAAAAGAGGAAAAAUUAUGAUGUACACAUUGAUCAAGUUCGUCGUGGUGGUCAUAUGCUGUCAAGAUCACCUCCAAUUGAGCAUCCGCAAAAGAGGCAACAGCUUAUGGAUGAAAGGGCUUUUGUAACAAGUCCAACUUCGAUGAGAUUACAAAGGAAUUUUGAGUAUGUUGAGUAUGAAGAUUAUAAUAAUUUGAACUCAAGAUCUAGGAAUUUAUACACUUAUGAUGGUCAUAGUGAAGUUGUUAAACAUAAGGAUUAUAGUACAAGAAGAUCUGGCUCAAGUGGGCAUAGACUUUUGGUUGAAUCGAUUCCUUUUGAGGAUACUGUGGAGAGAGAUGUUGGGUUGCGCCCGAAUUAUGUAAUUGCUUCUAGACAUGUUGAACCAAGUGGGAAGUACUCAACUAUGGAUAUGCACAGAGUGAAGGAUGGAAAAACUAGGUAUCAAGAUGUGAUUUCCAACGAAAAGUUGGUUAAGGAGAUUCACUACAAGGAUGGUGAACAAUCUGCACAUUAUGCUAGAGAUAGUCAGUAUAUAGAUCAUCCACUAUCUCAAACCAAGGACUAUGGAGGUGAAGAGUUACUAAAGAAUAAUCCAAGCACCUCCUCGAGUAUUAUAGUGAGAGGAGAAUAUGUGAAUAAGAUCCGGGAUAUUCGUACACUAUCAUCUGAUGGGUAUCCAAAACGCUAUGGAAAAAAUUUAGAACAUCAUGUGAGUGAUGAGUAUGGUCCAAGGAUAGUGUCAGACACUAGGAGAGGAUAUGAAACAAUAUGUAGGGAUGCCAAAUGUUAUGCUUGUGAUGCAUACCAAGCUUCUAGGUUGGAGCAUAAAGAAUAUAUGUAUCCUGAAGUUGGGGUUAGAGGGGAUGAUGAGACUGCAUAUGUUUCUCAAGAACAUUUGUAUGGUAAGACAAAAUAUGCUCGUGAUGAACAUGUUUCGAGGGGUUUUCUUAGACCAGAUCUUAUGGAAUCACAUGAAAAUAUACCUAAUGCUGAAGGUUCUCGAAGAAUUAUUAAGAAUGUUGGAGCUCAAGAUUUUGAUGUAAUCGAAAAGGAGAUGGCUCCAGAUUAUGGGGAUAUAAGAAGAUCUUCAGAUGUUCUUAUAGAAGCUGGGGAUUUCUUGGACAAUGGAUAUUCUCAUGGUGAGAUAACAAGAAAAGUUUCAAACCAUCAUCAUGUGUCGGAUCAUGGUGGCUUGCAUGAGCAUGAUUUUGAUGAUCUUCAUUUGGGUCAUGGUUAUGGAAGUUAUGCACCAGGUGGGUCAGAUAGAACCAGAUUGAAAAAUUCUUCGGAAUAUAGAAAUGUGGAAUUGCAAAGACAUGCAGGAGGAUUUGAAAGAAUCAAAGGUGAUGAGAUUGUAAAUAAUGACAGGUUGCUCAAACGAAAAUAUAGUGCAGGUGAAGAAGUAAGCAGAACGGAAUCUAGAGGUGAGAUGCGAAAUAAAUGGAAUAUAGCAAGUGGAAAUGAUGAUUUCUAUGAACACCAUAUUGAGAGGACCAGUAGGAAAGCUAGUAUUACGCAAUCGAAGAGGCAUUCUGGAAAUGAGCGCGAACAAUUCUAUCCAGAAACUAAGAGGUCUUCUAGGGAUGAGCGUGGUCAAUUCUAUCUAGAAACUGAGCAAAUGUCUGAUGGAACCUACUGUCAUAAAGACUCUAAUGAUGUUGGUUUGACAUCAUAUCAAGAUCAAUCAGGAAAUAUAUAUGAGCAUUCUGGAAAACCAUUCAAAAUGGGAAAUAGGUAUCUUAAGGGAUAUACAAAAUCUGAACCUUCUAAAAGCUACAGUCAUGUGCACCAUACACAUCAAAAGACUAAUCACUACAAGCACCAAAGUCUUGGUCAAAGGAAUGAAAAUGAUAAUACUGUGGCAAUACCUGCACAGGUUGUUGACGUACCAGACGAAUCUAGGGCUCUAUGGAAGUCUGAGCCUCUGGAGGAUUCUGAUGGUUUUAAGCAGAGAAUACAAACAGCAUUUUUAGACUUCUCCAAGAGAUUUAAUGAGAACCCAACUGCUCGAAAGCUGUACAAGGAGGACGGAAAGGCGGGUAGUCUGUUCUGUGUCGUGUGCCGUCGAAGCGCAUCAAAAGCGUUCCAAAAUACAAGGGCGUUGGCGACUCAUGCUUUCAUGUCUCACAAGAAUGGAUUGCGGCCACAACACUUGGGCCUCCAUAGAGCCUUAUGUGUCCUGAUGGGAUGGAAUAGAAUGCCCGACCCUGAGACAGGCACCUGGUCCCCAGAGCCACUUCCCGGACCUGACGCUUUGGCUUUGAAGGAGGACCUUAUCCUGUGGCCCCCUAUUGUCAUUGUUCACAAUAUAUCCCUAUCAAAUAAUGAUCACAACAAAUGGAAGCUCAUAAACAUUGAUGCACUUGAGGAAUUUCUGAGAGAUAAGGGUUUCCAUCUGGGCAAGAUGAAAAUCUGUCUCGGGAAUCCAGGAGAUCACAGUGUAAUCUUGGUGAAAUUCUUGGGAACUUUUUCGGGGCUGCAAGAAGCAGAAAGGCUUAACAAGAUAUUUCUCGACAGGAAGCAUGGAAGACUUGAUUUUGAUCAAGCUAUUUCUGGAAGUGGGGCAAUGGAUGAGUCGAUGAAAGGAGAUAAUCCAUCUGAGAAGUUAGAGGAUGUGCUGCUUUACGGUUACAUGGGAAUUUCUGAAGACUUAGACAGUGUUGAUUUUGAUACAAAGAAAAGGUGUUCAGUGAAGAGCAAAAAAGAGAUUCAUGAAAUCGCAGAUGCACCCGUGAAGGCGGAAUAACCAAACCUUACAGCUAUUUCGGUGAGAUUGGUUUAUGUUUGAUAAAAUAUCACCGAGAGUUUGAAGGAAUAUUCAGAGUCAAGUCGGAUGAUAUGCUUCUUCACAGAAACGUAAUGAUAUUUUUGUAUAUCCCUACAAAAAUGAUGAAGAAAACGCUUGCAUUGUAUAGCAGAUGCUACCCAAACAUGUAGACGAAUGAGCUCGUCCGAGGAUUAUUCUCAACCAAGCUGACAUUGUAAUUUGUUUUAAUCUACUUUGCUAUCUUUUUCUUUCUAUGGUACUAUCUAGUAAACUCUCAAGAAUGACCUCGGUUUAGGUUCGUUUUUGUAAUAUUUACUUUCUGAAACUAAUGUACUCUUUAGUGUCUCUAAGCGUUUCUUACUUUUUUUUUUUUCUAA